UAAAUUUCUAUUGGUCGACUUUUUUUUUAUCACGUGCGGUUCCAAGCGGAAAAGUCCGGAGAUGGCUUUGUUUGCAUUAUUUUUUGUAGUUUUUAAUUAAAAUCCCCGGAAAGAUUUCAGUUCAAUUUCAAAGUAAUCAAAACUCAUCCUUCUCAUAGCACCUCUUAUCUUUUGAAUGCCUACAAACAUGGAUGAACAGUGCCGAUUAUGUACCUUACAUGUCAAACCUCUAAUAAAUAUAUUCAGUGAAACUGGCAUCAGUCAUAAACUAGCUGAAAAAAUCACUCAAAGAUUACAGAUCUUCGUCACUAGAGACGAUAUCUUAUCGAAGAGUGUCUGUUGUAACUGUUGCGGUAAGUUGGAGAUUUUCGAUCAGUUUGUUAGAGAGGUGCAUACGUCGCAGGCAGUUCUGCAUAAGGAGAAAAUAGAUACACUGACGCAACCUAAGGUAUUGAAAAAAGAGGGAAAUCGUGUAAUUGAUACCAUAGAGAUUGACGACGAUGUUCAGCCGGUGACAUCUUCGUGCCACGAUAAUAUUCUCACGGUGUCCCGAAAGCCGUCCAUCGAAUCCAAAGAUGAUAUCAGCGAGGAUGACCGUCACGUCUCCGUUAUAAAAUAUCCAACAGUAUGUUCCAACAAUAACAAUGACCGUACAAGACCGCUAAAUAUUUCUCCAGCUAGGCGAACAGAAAUCGUUUACAAAGAUGAGAACACGAAAUAUCUUGAAAUCAAUGGAGAUUCGAUGCUGUCGAGUGAAUCUACCAGUGAAGUCAUGGAUGAAGACAACUUUCCCAAUAAGAAUGGCGUCGAUGCUGAACAUUCAAGCGUUACAAAAAAAUAUGCGGAGCGCAAAAACCGAGUCAGUGAAAAUGCGCUGAAAAAAUUACAGUCGGAUUUAAGCGAUAAAAUGUUUUCAGCGAAACGUACCCGCAGAAUAAGUUUGGAAUCUAGUGAAGCAAGAGUGUUGAGAAGUUCGUUUAGAAGGAGUACCUCUGAUAAUGAUAGAGUUACGCGUAAUAGUAAUGAUUAUUGUAAUGUUGAGAAGCAGCAGGAGCUUAAAGUUCGAGAUACAAGAAGAAGGAGCAGUAACAGUCAGAUCCCACCAAACUCAAAUCAAAGAUCAGAUAGAAAAGAUUUCUCUGCGCAGAUCGGGAACACAUUAUUGGCAGAUCUGAGAAGCCUCAAGAAUUCUUUGUUAUUGAGAAAAGUUAAAACCAAAAAUGCAUCGGUGCUCACGAUUCCAGUCCCUGUUCUUCCGCGUUCGAACUCGAGUCUGAGUUCCUUUGCUGAUACGAAUACUAGUAAAGGAUGCCAAACCGAGAUAAUUUUAGGCGCGAAAUCAGAAGACAGGAAUGUCAUCGUGUAUCAGAAAAUUUCCUUCGAUGGUAGAUCGUUUACAGAAAUUGGUUCUGAAAGUAAUGCUGUGAUUACUUCGCCUCUGCCUUCGUAAAGGAUUGCCAUUAUUGCUGUGCGAUAGAUUAUGUUUCGCCUCGAUGUGUUCUUAUUUGUGAUGCAUUUAUUGCAAAAAUAAUGUACGUCGAUGUUUUUAUGGACUCAUUUUUGUAAAAUGACAUACUUUCUCGUACCGCAGUUGUUUUUUUAUAUUGCUUCUUUGUUUUAAGAAAGUGAUUCUAAUUUAAAUUUUACCUUCAGUCUAGUUAUUAUUAAUGGUUUACCUGCCUAGAUUUAUUUUAUAUACGAUGAUUGUUGUUUAUCUUCAUGGUUUUAGACUAGCGUCAAAUCUGCAUUAAAAUUGAAUGCAACUAAU